CGGUUCGAUUGUAUUUCGUUGAAUCGUGUUCUGUUGUCCGGUUAGAAGUAAUAUAAUUUCUUUAAAUUAACACGAAAUUGUAAUGAACUCAUUAUAAAUACUUUCAAAAUGAGGAUAACAAACUUAAGGCGCGGAAGGAUCGCGCGUAUGGGUGGUAUAUGUGCAAUUUUACUGAUGCUCAUUUACGCUCUUCACAAGUGGUCAAACGAAAACGUCGGCAAUCGAGAGGAUGUUGUAGUUUCGGACUCGCUUAAUAGUAAUUCUUACAAAUCUCAUCAUGAUGUUUAUCCGACCCUGAAAACCGAUGUGUUGGGUAACUUCGAGCCGAAGCCGCGGCGGGCGGUAGUCGGGCCUGGCGAGGAGGGCAAGCCCUACCACAUGUCGCAGGACCGCGCCAACGACGUGGCCGAGUCGGAGAGCGAGUACGGCAUGAACAUAGCCGCCUCCGAUAUGAUCGCAAUGAACAGGUCGAUCCCCGACACGCGCUUGGACGAGUGCAAAUACUGGCACUAUCCGACAGAGCUGCCCUCCACGUCGGUGAUCAUCGUGUUCCACAACGAGGGCUUCUCCGUGCUGAUGCGCACCGUGCACACCGUCAUCGACCGCUCGCCGCCCAACACCCUGCACGAGGUGGUGCUGGUGGAUGACUAUUCCGAUAAGGAUAACUUGAAGUCUAAUCUCGAUAACUACAUAAAACGAUGGAAAGGCAAAGUGCGUUUAAUUCGCAACUCGCAGAGGGAGGGACUCAUACGAACCCGCUCCAGGGGCGCCCAAGAGGCGACAGGGGAAGUUAUAGUAUUCCUUGACGCUCACUGCGAGGUCAACGUGAACUGGCUGCCGCCGCUACUCGCGCCCAUCUACCGAGACUACAAGACCAUGACCGUGCCCGUUAUAGACGGGGUCGACCACAGAACUUUCGAGUACAGGCCAGUGUACGCCCACGACACCAACUUCAGAGGCAUCUUCGAGUGGGGAAUGCUCUAUAAAGAAAACGAAGUACCCGACAGAGAAGCCAACAAACACGCGCACAAAUCCGAGCCUUACAAGAGCCCUACGCACGCGGGCGGUCUUUUUGCUAUAAACAGGAACUAUUUCCUGGAGAUCGGAGCGUACGACCCCGGUUUACUAGUUUGGGGAGGCGAGAAUUUCGAGCUCAGCUUUAAAAUUUGGCAGUGCGGUGGGAGCAUCGAGUGGGUGCCAUGUUCGAGAGUAGGCCACGUUUAUAGAGCAUUCAUGCCCUACUCAUUUGGCAAUCUGGCGAAGAAUCGCAAGGGUUCCCUGAUAACUAUAAAUUACAAGAGAGUGAUCGAAACGUGGUUCGACGAGGAGCACAAGGAAUACUUCUACACCAGAGAGCCAAUGGCGAGGUUCUUGGACAUGGGGGAUAUAAGCGAGCAGGUGGCCUUGAAGGAGAAGCUGAAGUGCAAGGACUUCAGUUGGUUCAUGGACAACGUGGCGUACGACGUGUACGACAAGUUCCCGAAGCUGCCGAAGAACGUGCGCUGGGGCAUGGUGCGCAACAAGGCCGGCAACGUCUGCCUGGACACCAUGGGCAAGGCGGCGCCCGCUUAUAUUGGCACGUCAACAUGUCACGGCGCCGGCAACAACCAGCUGUUCCGGCUGAACGCGGCUGGCCAGCUCGGCGUCGGCGAGCGCUGCGUUGAGGCCGACGCCGACAGCGUCAAGCAGGCCAUCUGCCGGCUCGGCACUGUCGAUGGACCCUGGAGGUACGACGAAGAAAAUCACCAGAUAAUCCACCGGCUGCACAAUUACUGCCUAACGCUGCAGCCGCCCUCGCGCACGCUGGCGCUGGCGCCCUGCGACCCGCGCAACACCUACCAGCAGUGGAGCAUCACGCACAAGCAGCCUUCCUGGUGAUCCCCACACUAACCUAAGUGUUCGAGGCGGGACUCACUGGCCGCCCUGGCCGAGCUAUACUGACGCAACGUGACAGUGUCUUCCCCUUGAUCGCCCUUCGUCAACUGAGGCUCGCGGAUAAUAUCAACCUCAAUAUCAACCUUCGGGCAUUCCGCAAGGCUCACGAUACCGCGCCGCGACCGAUUAGCUGAAGCAAAAAAAAAUUUAAUGGCUAAAGUAAAAUGUGCCGCUAAAUAUUUUACAUACUUUUGUAUUCAUGAAAACGUUUGAUGCAGUCGUCCUCAUCAUUCACAUCAACUUUAAAUAAUUUAAUGAAACGUCUUACCGUACCGUCCGCCACAGUUGCACUUCGGUUAAUAUAAAGCCCUCGGACCCCGAAAAACUAGGGCCACCUUAAAACAAUGUCUGCCAAUAUUAAGCGCAAAUAAAUAUUUUUAUUUUUAGGCAAAAAAACUGAAUACACUGGGGUCAGGAAUAAAAGGUUUCAGUAAUAAAUUGUAGUGUUUCGUGAAACUUUUCGAGGAUUUUUGACUAGUAACACAAACAGCUACCUACUUUAAAACCUCGUCGACUGUGUAAAUGAAUAAAAUAGUAAAUACAGUGUG